UGGCCCUUUUCAGUUAAAAGAAAGCCCUCCUACCAAUAACUGCGUUAUUUGUUUACUUUGCUUCAGUGGGAAAAUAGACCCAAUUUCUUGUUGGAAAAGUUUAGAACUUCACCAAUUGCCGAACUGCGCCAACAGUAACUUGACGCUGCUUUCACUCAGACUCAGCUGCAAUCAUCUCCUUUCUACCGCGAGCUCCUUCCGAUCUGUUUCUCUGGUGAAAUUAAUUUGAGUUAAAAUCUGCAAGCUGUGACCAUGUCAUCUUCAUAUCUCCCAGCAACUACUGAUUCUCUAGCUCAGGCUUCUGACGCUACAACACCAUCUGACGCCAUCUCUAUUCUUUACCGCAUCCUUGAUAACCCAUCUUCUGCUUCUGAGGCCCUAAGGAUCAAAGAGCAGGCAAUUUCCAAUCUUUCUGACCUCCUUAGACAGGAGAAUAGGGCAGAGGAGCUUAAAAACCUUCUGACCCAGUUGCGCCCCUUCUUUUCUUUGAUCCCCAAGGCAAAAACUGCAAAAAUUGUUCGAGGAAUUAUUGAUGCAGUGGCUAAAAUACCAGGUACAUCUGACCUUCAGGUUACACUUUGCAAAGAUAUAGUGGAGUGGACCCGUAAGGAGAAGCGGACGUUUCUUCGUCAACGAAUUGAGGCUAGACUCGCAGCUCUUUUGAUGGAAAACAAGGAGUACUCUGAAGCAUUGACACUCCUUUCAGGGCUGAUUAAGGAGGUGAGAAGAUUGGAUGAUAAGCUGCUUCUUGUGGAGAUUGACUUGCUUGAGAGCAAGCUACAUUUCUCACUGAGAAAUCUUCCCAAAGCCAAGGCUGCGCUCACAGCUGCUCGAACAGCAGCCAAUGCUAUUUAUGUGCCUCCAGCGCAGCAAGGUUCUAUUGAUUUGCAGAGCGGGAUCCUUCAUGCGGAAGAGAAGGAUUAUAAAACUGCUUACAGCUAUUUUUAUGAAGCAUUUGAAGCAUUCAAUGCCCUUGAAGAUCCCCAGGCCAUAUACAGCCUCAAGUAUAUGUUGCUUUGCAAAAUCAUGGUCAACCAGUCUGAUGAUGUUGCAGGAAUAAUAUCAUCCCCAAAGGUUGGCUUGCAAUAUCAGGGGCCAGAAGUUGAUGCGAUGAAAGCUGUUGCGGAUGCACACUCCAAGCGCUCCUUGAAGCUCUUUGAGACUGCUCUUCGGAACUUUAAGGCUCAGCUAGAUGAAGAUCCUAUCGUGCACCGGCACCUGUCUUCCCUCUAUGACACUUUGCUUGAGCAGAACCUUUGUAGGUUGAUUGAGCCCUUCUCUAGAGUUGAGAUUGCUCAUAUUGCUGAGUUGAUAGAGUUACCUGGUGACCAUGUUGAGAAGAAGUUAUCUCAAAUGAUUUUGGAUAAGAAAUUCGCUGGGACCCUGGACCAGGGUGCUGGAUGCCUUAUAAUUUUUGAGGAUCCUAAACCAGAUGCAAUUUAUCCAGCUACGUUGGAGACUGUUUCAAAUAUGGGGAAGGUUGUUGACAGUCUGUUUGUAAGAUCUUCGAGAAUAAUAGCUUGAGUGUUAGAUCCGUUGGAAACCGUUUCAAAUAUGGGGAUAAGUUGUUGACAGUCUGUUUGUAAGAUCUUCGAGAACAAUAGCUUGAGUGUUAGAUCCUCUUUUGACGUGUAUCUUUUCCCUUUAUUUGCUCUACCUUUUGUGUGCUGCACGCAGCGUCUGUUUUCAGCAUUUGACAUUCUUUAUAAGGUUCCUUUCCUGAUACAUUCUGAACCUAGUGUAAACCAUAUAUGUUAGAAAUC